AUGACAAGACUCUUUGGUGCCUCUACUCUUCUAAGCUUGGCCGGUGACGCCAUCACCCAUUUAAUAUCUACUUACCGCGCUCUUGCUAUUUCGCUGAGAACGAACGACGUCACCAUGCAAAUAACCAUCGCCAUCCAGGACACGACGGGAGUGGAGCAAGAGUUCCUCUCCCUUCAAGUCUUCCCCGACAUGACGCUCGAGACCCUUCGCAACUCGAUCCAGGCCGAAACCAGCCACCACCCCAGCACACAACAUCUCUACCAUAACGGCAACCUGAUCACCGACAACACCAAGACCCUGACGCAGCUCAACGUGACCGACGGCGACAUGCUGGCCUUGCACGUGCGCGAGACGCAACGGACCACGGCGGUUCCCGAGCCACAACAACAAAGCGGCAGGCAAGCGGCGCCUCCCCAACAAGAUCCCGAGUUUUUGCGUCUGCAGUUCCUGGCGAAUCCGGCCCUGAGGGCCGAGGUGGAGAGGACAGCCCCCGACUUGGCGGCCGCUAUCAACGACCCCCAGCGGUGGGCGCAACUCUUCCGGGCGAGGUACGACAGAGAACAGAGGGAACGGGCGGAGCGUCAUCGGGUAAUUCAGCAAUUGAACGAGGACCCGUUCAACCCGGAGGCGCAGGCGAGGAUUGAGGAGAUCAUUCGCCAAGAGCGGGUGACGGAGAACUUGCAGACGGCUAUGGAGCAUAAUCCUGAGGUAUUCGGUACCGUACACAUGCUGUAUCUGGAUGUUGAGGUGAACGGAGCCAAAGUCAAGGCCCUCGUCGAUUCCGGAGCACAAGCAACAAUCAUGAGCCCCGACAUCGCCGAGGCGUGCGGGAUCAUGCGUCUGGUCGACAAGCGGUAUGGUGGUAUCGCCAAGGGUGUCGGAACUGCCAAGAUCAUCGGUCGAGUGCACACGGCUCCUAUCAAGAUCGGUACGCUCUUCCUGCCUUGCAGUUUCACCGUGAUGGAGGGCAAGAACGUCGACAUGCUUCUCGGUUUGGACAUGUUGAAGCGUUAUCAGGCUUGCAUCGACCUGGCCAAGAACGCGCUCGUCAUUCAGGGCGAGGAAAUUCCCUUCUUGGGCGAGGCGGACAUUCCGAAGGCGACAGAGGAGGCGCUUCAGGAUGAGCCUACGAUCGACGGCCCUGGCGGUACCACUAUCGGUCAGCGUACCGGCGCGGUUUCGGGACCUGGUACUGCACAGCAACGUCAGGGUGAAGCUGGCCCAUCUUUUGCACAACCGGGUCCAUCCGCUCCUUCUCCCACUCCCGCACCCCAGGCACCCCAAGCUCCGCCAGCUCAAGCCCGUCCGCAAGCGCCUCAAGCCCGGUCUUUUCCCCGUGAGCAUAUUGAGCAGCUUGUAGCACUCGGUGCUGAUGAACAAAAGGCAAUUAGGGCUUUGGAGGCGACGGACGGGAAUGUGGAAUAUGCGGCCAGCCUAAUCUUUGAGGGCUUUUAG